AUGUCUCGGUUCCUGGAGAUGAAGGAGUUUGGAGAAGCAGCCAGUUUCCUUCGCCUCACAAACCUGGAACAACUGGCAGCCAAGGCCCAGGCCUUUGAUGGUACGAAGCGUGUGUGGAUGCCAGAUGAGGCUGAGGCGUAUGUGGAGGUUGAGACGAAAGAGCUGAAUGGAGACCGGACCACCGUGGAAACCAAAGACGGACGGUUUCUGAUAGUAAAAGAGGAUGACCUGCAGCAGAUGAAUCCUCCAAAGUUUGACAUGCUCGAGGACAUGGCGAUGCUGACUCACCUGAAUGAGGCCUCGGUCCUGUUCAACCUGCGCAGGAGAUACAGCAUGUGGAUGAUCUACACUUACUCUGGUCUGUUCUGUGUGACUGUCAACCCUUACAAAUGGCUGCCCGUCUACUCUGCCAGCGUGGUGGCAGCCUAUAAGGGGAGGCGCCGCACAGAGACCCCUCCCCACAUCUACGCCGUCGCCGACAACGCCUACACUGACAUGCUGCAAAAUCGAGAAAAUCAGGCCAUGCUGAUCACGGGGGAGUCUGGAGCGGGGAAAACAGUCAACACUAAGCGGGUGAUCCAGUACUUCGCCAUCAUUGCUGCUUUAGGAGAGACAGUGAAAAAAGGAGGUUCAUUGGAGGACCAGAUAAUAGAGGCCAACCCCGCCAUGGAGGCGUUUGGUAACGCCAAAACCAUCCGCAAUGACAAUUCUUCCAGAUUUGGAAAGUUCAUCAGGAUCCAUUUUGGACCGACAGGGAAGCUGGCAUCUGCUGACAUUGACAUCUACCUUCUAGAAAAAUCCAGAGUGGUGUUCCAGCAGCCUGGAGAGAGAAGCUACCACAUCUACUACCAGAUCCUGUCCAGUUACAGGCCAGAACUACAAGACAUGCUGUUGGUAACUACCAAUCCAUACGACUACCACUUCUGCUCUCAGGGCGUGACCAGGGUGGAAGGAAUCGACGAUGGGGAGGAGCUUAAACUCACCGAUCAUGCCAUGGACACCCUUGGCUUCACUCCAGAGGAGAAGUAUGGUUGUUAUAAGAUCGUGGGAGCCAUCAUGCACUUUGGAAACAUGAAGUUUAAGAAGAAGCAGAGAGAAGAGCAGGCUGAGGCCGAUGGCACUGAGAGUGUCGAUAAGGCGUCCUAUCUGAUGGGAAUCAGUUCAGCUGACCUGCUGAAAGGUCUGCUAAACCCCCGCGUCAAAGUAGGAAAUGAGUACAUCGUCAGAGGACAGACUGUUGAACAGGUGAACUACGCAGUAGGAGCGCUGGCCAGGGCUACCUAUGACCGUAUGUUUAAAUGGUUGGUUGGUCGCAUCAACCAGUCGCUGUACACGGCUUUACCUCGCCAGUACUUCAUUGGUGUCCUCGACAUUGCCGGCUUCGAGAUCUUUGAGUUUAAUAACUUCGAGCAGCUGUGUAUAAACUUCACCAACGAGAAGCUGCAGCAGUAUUUCAACCACCACAUGUUCAUCCUGGAGCAGGAGGAAUACAAGACUGAAGGAAUAGAAUGGACCUUCAUAGACUUUGGUCUGGACCUGCAGGCCUGCAUAGACCUCAUAGAAAGGCCUCUUGGUAUUCUGUCCAUCAUGGAAGAGGAGUGUAUGUUUCCUAAGGCCACAGACCAGAGCUUUAAAACCAAACUUUAUGACAACCACCUGGGCAAGUCACCAAACUUCCUUCGCCCUCGACUCGACAAGAAACGCAAAUAUGAGACGCACUUUGAACUAGUCCACUAUGCUGGAGUGGUGCCAUACAACCUCUCAGGCUGGCUGGAUAAGAACAGGGACCCUCUGAAUGAGACGGUGGUAACUCUGUUCCAGAAGUCCUCCAACAAGCUGAUGGCGAUGCUGUUUGAAAACUACAUCAGCUCCGACAUAGCUGGUGAUCCAAAGACUGAAGCCAAACAGAAGAGGAGGAAAGGUGCCUCCUUCCAGACGGUGUCUCAGUUACAUAAGGAAAACCUAAACAAGCUGAUGGCUAACCUCCGCAGCACUCAGCCUCAUUUUGUCCGCUGCAUCAUCCCCAAUGAAUCCAAACAUCCAGGGAUGAUUGAUCCUUUCCUGGUUCUGCACCAACUGAGGUGUAAUGGCGUUCUGGAGGGAAUCAGAAUCUGCAGGAAAGGCUUCCCAAACCGCAUCCUGUAUGCCGAGUUCAGACAGCGGUACCGUAUCCUGAACCCAUCUGCCAUCCCAGAGGACUCGUUUGUUGACAGCAGGAAGGCGGUGGAGAAACUUCUGGGCUCUCUGGACAUCGACCACACCCAGUACAAGUUUGGACACACCAAGGUAUUUUUUAAGGCCGGUCUGUUGGGUCUGUUGGAGGAUAUGAGGGACAGUCGUCUGUCUCAGAUCCUGACCAUCGUACAGGCCAUGUGCAGAGGAAAGCUGAUGAGGAUGGAAAUACAACGGUUAAUGAGAGAAAGGGAUGCGCUGGUGGUCAUCCAGUUUAACCUCAGGGCGUUCUUCUCGGUGCGCACAUGGCCUUGGAUGAUGCUCUUCUAUAAGCUCCGCCCCCUCCUCAGAAGCGCUCAGGUGGAGAAGGAGCUGGCCGCUUUAAAGGAACAAUUCAACAAACUGAAGGAAGCUUUUGACAGGUCGGAGGGGAAGCGUCGGGAGGCGGAGGAACGGCAGGUGGUUUUGGUUCAGGAGAAAAAUGACCUGGCUCUACAACUGCAGGCGGAGCAGGACAACCUUACUGAUGCAGAGGAGCGCUGUAACCAGUUGAUCAAGACAAAGAUCUCACUGGAGUCCAAGAUGAAGGAGCUGAAGGAGAGACUGGAGGAUGAGGAGGAGAUGAGCGCUAUGCUAACGUCCAAGAAACGACAACUGGAGGAUGAGGUGACAUCGCUGAAGAGAGAUGUGGAUGAUCUGGAGAUGACUCUGGCCAAAGUGGAGAAGGACAGACACGGAGUAGAGAACAAGGUGAAGAACCUCAGUCAGGAGAUGUGUGUGUUGGAUGAGUCCAUUGCCUCGCUGACGCGGGAGAAGGCAGCGCUGCAGGAAGCCCACCAGCAGGUCCUAAAUGACCUUCAGACUCAGGAGGACAAGGUCAACAUGCUGGCCAAGUCCAAAGCCAGGCUGGAGCAACAAGUUGAUGAUGUGGAAGGUUCUCUGCAUCAGGAGAAGAAAGUGCGGGCCGAUCUGGAACGAACCAAACGCAAGUUGGAGGGGGAUCUGAAGCUGUCUGUGGAGUCGGUGAGAGAUCUGCAGAACGAGAAACAGCAGCUGGAAGAUCAGCUAAAAAAGAAGGACUUUGACUUUGGUCAGCUCCAUUCGAAGUUUGAAGAUGAACAGAGUCUGGUGGCUCAACUCCAGAAGAGAAUCAAGGAGCUUCAGACGCGUACGGAGGAGUUGGAGGAGGCACUGGAGGCGGAGCGGGUGUGGCGUUGUAAGGCGGAGCGUCAGAGGAACGAUGUGGCCAGAGAACUGGAGGAGUUGGGGGAGAAACUUGAGGAGGCGGGAGGAGCGUCUGCUGCUCAGAUUGCACUCAACAGGAAGCGGGAGGCAGACUUCCUGAAGAUGCGCAGGGAGCUGGAGGAGGCGGGGCUACACCACGAGGCCACGGCGGCGUCUCUGCGGAAGAAACACUCAGACAGUGUGGCGGAGCUCGGCGAGCAGAUCGAUGCUCUCCAGAGAGCAAAAAUGAAACUAGAGAAGGAGAAAGUGGAGUUGAGAAUGGAGGCCGAUGACUUGGCUGCUAACAUGGAACAGCUCUCUAGAACCAAGGGGGGAGUAGAGAAGAUGUGUAGGGUGUAUGAGGACCAGCUGAAUGAAAGUAGGAGCAGAGCAGAUGAGCUGCAGAGACAACUGGCUGAGGUCUCGGCCCAGAAGGCACGAGCGCUGACUGAAACUGCUGAGUACAGUCGUCGUCUGGAGGAGCGAGAGGCUCUGAUUGGUCAGCUGCAGCGUUGUAAGGCGGGGCUUUGUCAGAACACAGAAGAUUUAAAGAGACAGAAGGAGGAGGAGACCAAGGCACGGGUGUCUCUGGCUCACGCUGUGCAGGCAUCGCGUCAUGAAGCAGCUCUGCUACGGGAACAGUAUGAGGAGGAGCAGGAGGCCAAGGCGGAGCUUCAGAGGGCGCUAUCUACAGCCAACAGCCAGGUGGCGCAAUGGAGAACCAAGUAUGAGACCGAGGCCAUUCAGAGAACUGAAGAGCUGGAGGAGGCAAAGAAGAAGUUGGUCGUUCGACUGCAGACUGUAGAGGAAGCCGUGGAGGCAUCUCAAGCUAAAUGUUCGUCUCUAGAGAAAACCAAACAGCGUCUCCAGACGGAGAUCGAGGACCUGAUGGUUUCUCUGGAGCGCUCGAAUGCUGCCGCACUGUUGCUGGACAAGAAACAACGCAACUUUGACAAGAUUUUGAGUGAAUGGAGGCAGAAGUUUGAGGAGAGCCAGACAGAGUUGGAGGCGUCUCAGACGGAGUCGCGCAGUUUGAGCACCGAGCUUUUCAAACUUAAGAACAGUUAUGAAGAAGCUCUGGACCACCUGGAGACGGUCAAACGAGAAAACAAGAACUUGCAAGAGGAGAUUGUGGACCUGACGGAGCAGAUCAGUCAGGAAGGGAAAAUCAUCCAUGACCUGGAAAGGGCGAAAAAAAUCCUGGAUGUGGAGAAGAGCGACAUCAGAGCAGCUCUUGAGGAGGCCGAGGGAACUCUGGAACACGAGGAGAGUAAGACUGUGAGAGUUCAGCUGCAGUUGGAGCAGAUGAAGGCGGAGAUCGACAGGAAGGUUUCUGAGAAAGACGAAGAGAUUGAAAACCUCAGGCGGAGCCACCAGCGGUCCCUGGAGACAAUGCAGAGUAGUUUGGAGGCAGAGGUCCGUUGCCGUAGUGAAGCGGUUCGUUUGCGGAAGAAGAUGGAGGCUGACCUGAAUGAGAUGGAGGUUCAGCUGGGACACGCCAACAGACAGGCUGCAGAAAACCAGAGACUCAUCAGACAUCUACAAACCCAGGUGAAAGAGCAUCAGGUGGAUCUUGAUGAAAAAAUCCAGCAGACCAAUCAGCUUAAAGAACAGCUGCUCCUGCUGGAGCGCCGCUGUUUGCUGCUGGUGGCCGAGGAGGAGGAGCUGAGGGGUGUGCUGGAACAGACGGACCGCAGUCGCAAGAUAGCUGAACACGAGUUAGUGGAGGCUGCAGAGAGAAUUAACCUCCUUAACACAUAUAACUCCGGGCUGGUGACUCAGAAGAGGAAGCUGGAAACUGAUCUGUCACUGUUGACGGGAGAGGUGGAUGAAGCCACACAGGAAAGUCGCACUGCAGAAGAGAAAGCCAAGAGAGCCAUCACUGAUGCGGCUCUGAUGGCAGAGGAGUUGAAGAAGGAGCAGGACAGUAGCACCAUGUAUGACAGGAUGAAGAGAAACAUGGAGGUUACAGUGAAGGAGCUGCAGGUCAGACUGGAUGAAGCUGAACAGACGGCACUGAAGGGUGGAAAGAAACAGCUCCACAAACUUGAGACAAGGGUGAGAGGGUUGGAGACGGAGCUUCUGAUGGAGCAGAAGAAGAGCGAGGAAUUCCAGAAAGGCGUUCGCCGCUACGAGAGGAGAGUCAAAGAGCUGACAUACCAGACAGAAGAGGACAGGAAGACAAUGCUGAGGAUGCAGGAGCUGAUUGAAAAACUUCAGUCCAAAGUCAAGAGUUAUAAGAAACAGGCCGAGAACACUGAGGAGCAGAUGAGCAGCAACAUGACGCGCUUCAGGAAGAUCCAACACGAGCUGGAUGAUGCUGAGGAGAGAGCUGACGUUGCUGAGACAACCGUCAACAAGUUACGGAUUCGGACCCGCGAGCAGACCAGCAAGGUUGCUGUGGUUUCAACGUCCCCAGAGAAGUGA